GUAUUAGACCGAUGGUACAAGAGCGUGUGGCACACGGAGUUAAUACGUUCUCGCAGUUAAACACCACGCGUGCCGAGCGGCACAUCUAAGAGUAAAUCUCUUUCUUCCCUUCGCUUUCGAAUUCGCAACGACUUUGGUGAAACGAGUCGAAGUGCUUUAUUUUACACUUUUACGUUCUCUCGGUGCUGAAUAUUGUGAUCGUUAUCACGUAUUUCUGGAAACCGGAGAAAAACUUUUUCGCGUACAGUUCGAGUAAAACCGCCCGAGAGUGUUGAUAUCGCGUUGAGCGAAAAAUGGAGAUUUGUAACGGGGAGGCUCGAUUGUUCGACGUACCUUGCGGAAAAUCGGAGUGUCUGGUCUCUGAGAACGCGCAGAAACUUGCGCGACCGGAGAAAGUUUCCACCCUCCAGGAACUUAUAGAUGCGCUGCACGAGGCUUUCCAGACAGAUUACGUGAAUAUCGAUCAUGUUCAGGAGCUGAUGAUGAGCUACAGGAGCAAUCCCGUGGAGUGGAAGAAGUUUGCCAAGUUUGAUAGAUAUAGAUAUACAAGGAAUCUGGUUGACGAAGGAAAUGGCAGGUUCAAUCUCAUGGUGUUGUGCUGGGGAGAAGGUCACGGAUCAGCCAUACACGAUCAUGCCAACGCGCACUGCGUGAUGAAAGUUCUCCAAGGAAACCUGUGCGAGACGAGAUACGCUUGGCCUGAAAAGUCUGAAAUGGAAAAUGGUAUGCAAGAGCUCAAAGAACUUGGGAGGAACACGCUCGAUACGAACGAAAUUUGUUACAUCAACGACUCGCUGGGUCUACAUCGCGUGGAAAAUCCGAGCUCGAUGAAUCCCGCGGUAUCUCUUCAUCUAUAUUCACCACCGUUCUCGACGUGUUCGGUCUUCAACAAGCAAACUGGACAAAAAUCCACGUGUCGGGUCACAUUCUGGUCCAAGUACGGAAAUAAAAGAAACAGGGAAAUUCAAGACGCUAGAUCUCCAGAAGAUAACUAGUUUUAGCAAGAAAGCAGGAGCGCCAGUAGUAACGUGCCAAUUAAGGAUCAUUCUAAGUAAGGAGAGAAACGUUUCGUGUUCAUUUGGGAUUGAAACUGACGGGUGUAUUUUGUGUAUAAAUUAAGAUAUAUAUAUAUAAACGUACAGAAUGUGUUACGCGAUCUGUCGGGAAUUUUGUUUCGUGCGAAUGUGUAUAUUGUGUUAAGUACUUAAAUCUAUAUAUACGUGUGUACAGAUUGGAUAGUUUUUAGAAUUGGAUUUGUUUUAAAGUGCAUGAUACAUUUAUGUGCAUUUCUCACACACUUUUAUAAGUCAUGUAAGUUGUUAAACCAUCAAAUAAAAAAAAAAACCAAAUUUAUGAACGUG